AUGCCAGUAUUGUUUGGAAUGCUCGUCUCUUUGUUGUCGACUUCAUUGUUAAGCUUCUGCUUGCAUCACGGUACGCUGCUGUUCACCUUCAGCGUUGCGUAUUUCGCUGCCGCCAAUGCCUACGCUGGUCUCCUUUGCAUUCUUCAUCGCAACAGGUUUGACCAGCUACUAGCAAAGCUUCUGCAUCUGAUCAGCGACAUGAAGUGCUUCAUUUCUUCGACAAAACACAUACUGGCUUUUAUUCAUGAGCGCGAGGGCCUCAUGAAAGAAUAUCUUAUGCUCACUCGUCAGCCGGCUGACAGUUUGCCGGCAAGGUCGUCUUACACUUCCGAUGAAAAGGAGAUCGACCUAUUGGAAUUUAUGUUUCUGGAUACCGAUGCUGUUACUCAUUACCUAGAUGAAUUGACUAAAGACAGUACUAGUUUCGUGUCAUUGAAGAAUUUGUCUGAUUCGAAGACCAGUCGACUUUCCCAUCACUUCGGAUUACCUAACUCUGCGACAUACCUAAAAACGGUUUUGGGAAAGAUUUUGUGCCACGUGGAGGUUGCCCAGCAGAGCCUGGUCGAUCUUGCGAACAGUAUCAACACUGACUCAAAUUUGAUCGAUGUUGAAAGGUUUGGCCUCUGCUACGAACUGUGCGGUAGUCAGCUACGCUUCGCUGAAAACUAUUUAGAGGAGAUCAGCAGCGUUGUGAAGCAACAGAAGAAGGAAGACUUAGGUUUGUGGCUUUACUUGAUUCUGGCUUCUUGA